AUGCAUGCAGGAUCUAGUUUCCCAACCAGGCAUCGAACCCCACCCCCCGGCAUUGGGAGCGCGGCAUCUUACCCACUGGACCACCAAGGAAGUCCCCAACAGUAUGUUCUUCUAAUUGUGCGAAAGGAUCACCUGAUGCCCUUGACUAGAAUGCAGAUUCUAGUAUCCCACAUAAUUCAGUUGAGGUGGUCUGACAUGUGGCAUUAAAAUAAAAUCACCCAAAUGAGAACGGAGGCCAUUUAUUCAGAUCUUGCUAUAGCAAGAGAGUCAGGACCAUCAUUUGCCUUUGAUAGAAGCUCAAAGGCAGAUAGGGGAGCGGGAAAGCUUUAUAAAAGUGGAAAAAAGGGGAAGGUCUCAGGUAUACGUUGGAAGUUGUUGGCCUGGGAAAGCUGGAGUCCAGCUACUAGAAUCAGUAUUUUAUGUGAUUGGUAUGGGGAGCAUAUUUGGCUUUCUCUGACUGGUCCCAACUUGAAAGUAGGGGUAAAAAUAGGGAAGUUGGCAGUCAUUGACCACCUCCUUACUGUUCUGGUGCAAUUGCUGCAGAAGUUGUGGUUUGGCUUCCUGGACUUCUUAUGUGGUUCAGAGUUCUUUUGUCAUAUACAGUCUGGCCAUUGUCUGUUUGUAUAUUGUCUCUCAGACCAUAUUCUGAGAAACACACUGGGCCUCUGGUGUUCCUUUCAUCCUGGUCUCCUUCCUCCCUUAAGCUGGCUAGACUAUAAACUCCGCGCGAGCUAUGGACCAUCUUUCACCACGCUAUUACCAGUGCCUAGGCACUCAGUAAAAUCUUGCAUAUGAAUGAAUGGUAAAUGAAAAUAUUUGAUAUUGCCUUUUGUAGGAACAAGAACAUGAACUUUGUGGUGUAGCAUAUGUACGUCUUGAUUGGACUGGCUGCCACCAGGAAGAAAGGCUGGAGGCUGCUCCUUCCAGCUACUCUGUUCUAAAUACUGUAACCUGAAUCCCUGGCCCUGGCUGCUCUCAGUUUUUCUGAAAGCUCCAAGUUAACCCACAGUGUACACAUCAGGCCCAGGGGCUUCCCCAGCACUCCUCCAGAGUGCUCUGCUGGGGGCAGGAUGGAGUUCGUGGGAAAGCGGCAACUACUUCUAGCAUUUUGAAGGCAACCUGAACCCCAGACCUUUAAGUUUGCUGCAGUCUCUCCAACCCCGACCCCCAAUUCCACUCCACCAUUAGGGCCUGGGCUGGGGAGAGCUACUGAAAGAGGGAAAAGGGGGCCCCCCAGCCCCCAUAUAUGGUCCUAAUUCAGGACUUAGAGCGUUUGUCUAGAGAGAAAACGCUCGGCAGUGUCUGUGUGUGGGGUGGGGAUGGGGGACAGGUCCCGGGAGAAGUGCAGAAGCUAGCAGCGCGGGCUGUCUCCUCCGGGAAGCCGUCCCACCUGCUGCCUGGGAGCCCGCCGGGGAGGGGCCGCAGCCACGCACCCGCGCGCCCACCCCGCCCCUGCCCGCAGCGCGGCCCCGCCAGCCGGGAGUUCCCGCGAGCUGCCCCGCGCCCCAGGCGCGUGGGGGGCCGUUCGGUUGGAGGCGGGGAGCAGCCGGGGCACCAAAAUAGGAGCCGCUUGUGGGCUGGAGCUGCACUAGCAGGCAGCCUCCGCCGCGCCUCUUCCAAAGAUGGUCAGAGGGUCCGGAGGCGCCCCCGCCCCCGCUCGCCGCUAGCCCGCGGGUCCGCAGCGCGACCCGGAGCCGCCGCGGGAGCCAUGGCUCUAAAAGGACAAGAAGAUUAUAUUUACCUUUUCAAGGAUUCGACACAUCCAGUGGAUUUUCUGGAUGCAUUCAAAACAUUUUACUUGGAUGGAUUAUUUACUGAUAUUACCCUUCAGUGUCCUUCAGGCAUAAUCUUCCAUUGUCACCGAGCUGUUUUAGCUGCUUGCAGCAAUUAUUUUAAAGCAAUGUUCACAGCUGACAUGAAAGAAAAAUUUAAAAAUAAAAUUAAAAUCUCUGGCAUCCAACAUGAUAUCUUGGAAGGCCUUGUAAAUUAUGCGUACACGUCCCAAAUUGAGAUAACUAAAAGAAAUGUUCAAAGCCUGCUUGAAGCAGCAGAUCUGCUACAAUUCCUUUCAGUAAAGAAAGCAUGUGAGCAGUUUUUGGUAAGGCACUUGGAUAUUGAUAAUUGUAUUGGAAUGCACUCCUUUGCAGAAUUUCACGUGUGUCCAGAACUAGAGAAGGAAUCUCGAAGAAUUCUAUGCUCAAGGUUUAAGGAAGUAUGGCAACAAGAAGAAUUUCUGGAAAUAAGCCUUGAAAAGUUUCUCUUUAUCUUGUCCAGAAAGAAUCUCAGUGUUUGGAAAGAAGAAGCUGUCAUAGAGCCAGUUAUCAAGUGGACUGCUCAUGAUGUAGAAAAUCGAAUUGAGUGCCUGUAUAAUCUACUAAGCUAUAUCAACAUAGAUAUAGAUCCAGUGUAUUUAAAAACAGCUUUGGGCCUUCAAAGAAGCUGCCUGUUAACCGAAAAUAAGAUCCGAUCUCUCAUAUACAAUGCUUUGAAUCCCAUGCAUAAAGAGAUUUCUCAGAGGUCCACAGCCACAAUGUAUAUCAUUGGAGGCUAUUACUGGCAUCCUUUAUCAGAGGUGCACGUAUGGGAUCCUUUGACAAAUGUUUGGAUCCAGGGAGCAGAAAUACCAGAUUACACUAGGGAGAGCUAUGGUGUUACAUGUUUGGGACCCAAUAUUUAUGUAACUGGAGGUUACAGAACGGAUAACAUAGAAGCUCUUGACACAGUGUGGAUCUAUAACAGUGAAAGUGAUGAAUGGACAGAAGGUUUGCCAAUGCUCAAUGCCAGGUAUUACCACUGUGCAGUCACCUUGGGUGGCUGUGUCUAUGCUUUAGGUGGUUACAGAAAAGGGGCUCCAGCAGAAGAGGCCGAGUUCUAUGAUCCAUUAAAAGAGAAAUGGAUUCCUAUUGCAAACAUGAUUAAAGGCGUGGGAAAUGCUACUGCCUGUGUCUUACAUGAAGUUAUCUACGUCAUUGGCGGCCACUGCGGAUACAGAGGAAGCUGCACCUAUGACAAGGUCCAGAGCUACAAUUCAGAUAUCAAUGAAUGGAGCCUCAUCACCUCCAGUCCACAUCCAGCUGUCUGACUCAGAACCAGAACAAACCUCUGAAUCUUCCUGUGCGUCUCCCAAAGUUUGUUUCAUCCAGAGACAAAGGAGGAAGAAUCCUUCAAGUUGGUAACUCUUAGCUCUGUUUUUAGAGUAAACAUAUCCAUUUAAUCAAAACAGACCGUGUACUUGCACUGAGUAUUAUUUUAAGGGAAACAGCAGAGGACAGAGGGAUAGGGGAAAACCAAAAGAGAUCAAAGGGUUAUUAAACAACCUGGAAUUAAUGAUAAUAAACUUUUAAAAAAGUUUCAAAAAAGUGUAUCCUGUUUUUAUCCUGUCCACCCUCAGUAAAGAAAUGGUCAUUAGAGAAAAGCCUGAUGAAUUUAACAAGACUCUGAGGUUUCCUGAGGCAGGAGGCAGAGCCUGUUUUAUUUUACUUUUGUAUCUUCAGACCCAAACACAUGGUAGGCACACCAUGUAUAUUUGUGGAAUUAAUAAUUAAUGUUAAACUAAGCAAUAGCAACCAUAAUUCUUUUACACUGCCUGAUGAUACUUGGGUUCAAUUUGAUAUAAGGGUUUCUCAUUGUUUUUCAAAAGGCCUGCUCAUGAAAAACUCAAGAGGAUGAAAUGGAGAACUCCCAGGCCCUGCCUCGUACUCAGAGAAAAUGGGAGACUGCCUGACUGUGGGCAUCACAAGAAUUUCAAGGCCCAGAACCUGAGGGACCUGGCUGGCAUGCUCGCUGAGUCUCAGAAUAAUCACUUUCUAUGGUAGCCUAAGUUGUUCCUGAGGCUUUGACUUGAGGGACAGCCCACCCUACAGAAUUGCUAAGAAAGGCAAACUUUGGGUGCACUCUGAAAGAUUCAAGGGAGGCUGUGGGGAGCCACGUUCACCCUCCGGCAUGUAUAUCCUGUUUAUAUCCUUCGCUCUGCUUGUUAGCUUAUCCAGAACAAAACCAAGGUAAUAUCAACUUGAGUGGAGGCCAAGUAUUUAUUCUCUCCAUUCCCUGAACCCAGACCAGAUUCCAUGGUCCAGUUUUCAGCUUACAUUAUAUCAUCCAGCUCUGUUUUUACAGUAAACGUAUUUAAUAAAAGAUGACAAUUUAUGCACAGUGAGUAUUAUUUUAAGAGAAACUAGAGGAAUAGGCUUAUGCCCUGAAAGAGCUCACUUUCCAGUGAGGGAGACAAAAAGUAUAAAAACCUUUACCAUUGAAAGCCAUGUCGAAGCUAUGGGGGCUGAGAUCUAUGAUGAACCAUGGGUCAUUCACUCCAUUGAAUGUAAUAGUGUGUAAACCUACCUUCUCAAAUUACUUAUUUUCAAUAGAAUUUUAAAACAUAAGAUUAUCCAGUACGGAAUUAUUUAAUCUAUCUAAACUAGACCUCUGUGAGCAUACCACAAUACCACACACUUCUACCUCUGAUUCCAAUAUUUCUUUGGGGUCGGGGCAGAAGGCCACUGUACUUAACCUUGCCCUGGUGCCUGCAGUGAGUGGCUCAUUGGUCACCUUGUACGGGUGGGUUCUCUCUUUUUCCCAGGCGGCAACCUAAGCUGUCCCCGUGGCCUGGAUAUGGUAUGAGAGGUCUCACGGAGAUGAGAACCAGAGUCUCGGUUUCCAGGGUUAGGAGAGUGGGGAGAUAGCGUGCACCCCUCCCAUGGGAACAAGCGUCAUCAAGCUAGGAAAGUCAGGGGUUUAUACCGAGUGAACCCUACUGUGUUUUUCCUAGCAUAUGACAUAGUGUCCUUUAAUAGAUGAGGAAGCACGUACGUGUUGGUUCUGAUACGGUACAAAGGAUCGAACUUGGACUUAGAAUCUUAAUUCAUAUACAGAAACAGGAAGAAGUGCCCCAAUUGGGGAAGUGUGGGGCGCUGUGGCAGCACAGAAGAACUAACGUCUGGACUACGACCUGAAAAUGACUGACUUGACUUGUUCUCCCACCCAGCCAGCAAUCCCCUUGUACCCCACCUCCCUCUUUUCUACAGUCACUGGAAGCCCAAGCCUCCCUGGUCACCUCCUCUGUAUGGUCACGCUCAUCCUGCUCAGCACAGCUCCCGGUCUGACCAAACUCCCCACCCUUCCGGGCCCUCCGAAACCUUUCUACGUGCCUUCUAGAACCCUGAAGUUCCAGAUGUGUGGUAAACACUCUGCCCCCUAACCUUAACCUCCCUCAUCAAUGCUGCUUCUGACUCCUUGACCUUACUGUGCAUGACCUGUUGAUCUCCUGAGGACACUGGCUCCUCUAUAGCCUCUUCAAGUGAAGUAAGUAUUUCUCUUAUAUCCUA